UGGCGCCCUGUUGUCUCUAAGAACCACCCUCAUGUCCCAUAAUUCCUUUUAACAAACAGGAAGUGCUUCGCUAGCCGAAUUAGCUUUAAACAUGUCUUUUAAACGAGAAGGUAAUGACAGUAGUCAACUAAAUGUCUUGAAGAAACGACGUGUUGCGGACUUGUUGGCAAACUACAUUCCCGAGGACGAAGCUACGUUGAUGAAAAAUGGAAGGUAUAGCUGUUUGGUGUGUUCACAACGCCCUGUUUUUGACACAGUCGAUAUGCUGACAGUGCACAGAAAAGGGAAGCGGCAUCUCGAAGGUCUUAAAUGGUUUUAUGGCAAAAAAGCUCGGCUAAAAAAUGAAAUUGAUAAGAGGCGACAUCAAGAAUAUGUUAAUGAAGAAGAUGAUCGGCAGGUAAAUGUAACAGGCAGCUCUGCUCCAUUACUAACACAGACACGAAAGAUAGCGCACCAUGCCUUGCUGAGAAAGACACCGUAUAACAGCUGUCAUAAAAAGGCCAGUGAAAGAUGUGAAAACCCAGUAACUGCAGACUGCAGCAGAAACUACAGUGUUGACCAGAACAUUAUCCCCACAGCUAAGAGCCAAAUCCACAUGGAUACCACACCUGUUCCUGCAGAUGCAAGUCAGCACCGGAUUGAGACACAAAUGAAAGAAAAAAAAAGGAAAGCCGCCAACCCUGCUGCGUCUGAGCCUGUCACAGAGCAGAGACGCAAAGAACUAGAACACUACCUUAAAUUAAAGAGCAACGGUUGGAUACAGGACCCCAGUGGGAAAUGGGUAAAAGAUGAAAAUGUAGAGUUUGACUCAGAUGAGGAAGAACCGCUUCCACCACUUCCUACAAAUGGUACUUCAUAGGGUAUGUUGUGAAGUUCGGGUCAAACAUCAUGCUUUCUGGACUUCUAUCUUCUUCCUCAAAAAGACUUGCUUUUUUGUCUUAAAGCUACAAAAUCAGACAAUGCAAAAAAAACAAUGCAAAAAAAAAAUGGACUGCAUAAGGAACUGCUGAUCAGUGAGGAAGUCACAAAGCUGAGUUGUUUUUUUUUCUGUUUUUUUUUUUUCUUUUUUCUUUUUUUCCCACAACAUGUCAAGAAUGUGUCUUGGCGUCUUGCUAAAAAGAACCACAUUUUUAACUUAAUAAAACAGAGAAAACUGAGACUAAAGGAAAGCAUGACUUGA